AUGUCGAAAAGGAAGGACGAUGACGAAUGGGGUGCGGGGAGGGAGAGGAGCAGGAGGAGAACGGGCGGAGGGUUCAAGUCCAGCGAGCAGUUCGCUUCUUCCAUGGGGGAGAAAUACAACCAAGGAGGGAGGGAAAGCCUGAGGAGAGACGCGGAGAAGUUGACCCAGCAGGCGUCAAGGGGGGAAUGGAGAAGCGUGUUCGGGUUGGAGGGGUUGGAGCUGCUUGAGCUGAAUGGCGAAACUCGGACGGAGAUCAUUGAGAUUGCAACAGCAGAAAGACGCAGGUUGCUCAAGAUAUGGCAUCCUGACAAGUACGGUGAUCUCGAGGCGGAGAGGACCCGAGCGACUCAGAGCAUCAAUCAGCUGUGGGAACUUGCCAGCUCUGUCCUCUUCAAGGACCCACCAGCCCCUUCCAAUCCAUCUCAACAGCCUCAGCAGCAUUCACAGCCUCAGGAACCUCAGCAGCAUCCACAGCAUCCACAGCCUUCACCUCAUUUUUCGCCUCCUCAGCCUCGUCCUCAUCAUGAGCCUUCGCACCCUGGGGCACUGCAGGCAGUGGGUGCUCAGUUUGCUGGCAUGCAGCAUCAAGGCAUGCAGAGCAAUGGGUUUAGCCGAGACGCGUUCACUGCAAGGAUGUUGUUGGGGGAGUUGGCCUCCCAGAACCGCCUGCUCUGCAGCGAGAACAUCCGAACCUAUAUCGGCUUCGCCGAGUACCUCUCGAUGAACUGCGAGUUUCAAUACAUGGGGACCAAUCGUGCAGUCAAUCAUGAUGUUGUAUCCAACCGCGUUCGUGUGAACUUGACAUCCCUCCAGGACCUCGGGCGAUAUCGUGACUUUGGAACCAUAUCCUUGAUUGCAGUAGCGCACGACGACACGAGUGAGUGUGGAACGAAAGCCAAAUUCUAUGUCAUUGACGGGCAGCAUCGACUUGAGACAAUGGAAGAGCUGAAGAGACUGAGACCCAACCAACCCAUCCACUUCCAGCUCCGCUGCAAAGUCGUCGAGACGUACGCGGAUGCUGUGCACGAGUUGAUCUCGUUGCAGGAUUGCUACCAGGCUGACCCCAGAUGCUUCUUCCGGGCUCUCGAUGAGAACAAAGUCGCCUCGCUCAUCCUUGACUGCAGCAGAAGCGAGUGGCCCAAGGCCUUUUAUGAGUGGGACGCCAGGAGCAGGAUGCAUGCUUCCAUUCAAUGGGAGGAGAGGAGGGGGAAAGCUCGAGCUGACCCGGCAAGGCCCUCCUUGAGCGACGGCGUGCUCUUCGAUAUCUUGCGAGACACGGGAAUCCUAGAUGCCGCGAUGCUGCUCCUACGAGAGCCCAACGAGAACAGAAACUCUUUCCUCGGGGACUACGGGGCCGUGGCAACGGCAGCGCUGGAGCAAAUCAGAGUUGUUAACAACAAGAUCAAAGAGGCUGGAGAGCCUGGGCUCAAACUGGGUCUGGCCAAGUCGACAUGGGACAAGUGCAAGCAUCCGCAGUUUGGAUACUUGGGUAUGUACCGUCAUGGCGAUGACAACGGGCGGAAGAUCUUGUCGCUCCUCCAGGAUUGCAACCUCGCUAUGAACCAGCAGCCACCGGAGCCCGAGGACGAGGAGCCGAGGUUUACGCCCGGCGAUCACGUGAGCAUCCAAGGGCUCUGCGGCAAGGUGGAGUACAACGCUAGGAUAGGGAUCGUCCGGGAGUGCCUGAGCACGGGGAGGUUUCAGGUUGAACUGCCCGAUCCUCGCAAUCGGGGGACCAGAACAAUCAUCGCCGUCAAGCCAGAGAACAUGACGCUGGUGCUGCGGAAUAUGAACAACGCUCAGGUUGUCCCAGUGUGA